GUACAAUAGUUGGAACUCUCUUUGCAAUAUCAGCUGCUGCUGUUGCUGCAACUGGACAAGGGGGGGACGGGGUUGAUUUAUGCUGGUGGUGUUUUUAAAUAUAUAUUUUAAUAUAUAUAUAGCCCUUGAUUUGCUUUCAGUCUCCCUGGCUGCAAAAUAUUGCCCCCCCCCCCGCUUUCAAAUUCCAGCAGCACUGAGGGAUUUUUUUAUUUGAAGGAGGGGGGGCUUCCUCCCCAAUAUUGUUGCAUUCGGAGAAGAUAAUUUUAUGAGUCUAUUUGCGGGAAGCAAGUUUGUUGGAUAUUCUCUCUCCACCCUCCACACGCCCGGAAACUGUGGUGGAAGCUGGAAUCAUCUUGAAGAAGGAGGAGGAGGCGGAGGAGGAAUGAAAAAAAGAGGAAGGGCUUGAUUUAUUUUUGUUUCUAAUAGGAUUAUAUGUUUUAUUUCUGCUUUACUUUAGAAAUUAGAGGAUCGGGAGGGAGGGAUUAAUAAGAACCCGGAGAGAAAGACAAGGUGGGGGAGGGAAAUCACACCCAUCCUAUCCAUCACCUCCUCAAAAAAAAAAAACAAAAACCACAGAAGCCACCAUGGAGAAGAAGGAAGAGGCAGCAAAGGCCUUUUCGGUGAAGCAACAGCCGGAUGAUAUCCGAGCCCCGGAAGAGACCCUCCCGGAAGCAACACGACUCUCCCUCAGUGAACGGACUAGCCAUUCGCCUGCCACGGCGCCCCUCAUGAGGGAGACAGAAACACACCCAAGUGACCAGCCUCUCCCUCCCCUCCCACCAGAAGCCACCCCUCUGCCGCCUGCUGCCGCUCCCACAGGGGCAACGCCUCCUGCUCAAAAUGGUCCCCCGGGUGUCAAGACUGCCACGGUGCCCCCUGUGGAAAUGAAACCUUCCCUUCAGACUAACCAGGCCAGCCCACUGCCUGCCACAACGCUCCUGGCUGUGGAGGCCUUGCCCCCUAAGAAUGGCCGCCCCCCACCGAUAGGUGCCCAGGCAUCGCCUCCCACAGAAGAAGAACAUCGCCAGGAAAACACCCAACAACCAGCACCCAAGAGCGAACAGCCUUCCCCUGCCCAGGGGCCUUCCAGACCCCGGACCAAACAAGAUACCCAGAAGGCGCAAGCCAGGCACAAACUCGCUCGAGAGCGACGGGAAGAACGAGCCAAACAUCUAGUAGCUGCCAAGCGGGUCCUGUGGCUGGAGAAGGAGGAGAAGGCUCGGGUGCUGCGUGAAAAGCAACUGGAGGAGCGGAGGCGGCGACUGGAGGAGCAGCGGGUUCGUGCCGAGAAGCGGCGAGCUGUGCUGGAGGAACGCCAGCGUCAAAAGCUGGAGAAGAACAAGGAGCGAUAUGAAGCUGCCAUCCAGCGCUCAACAAAGAAAACCUGGGCUGAAAUCCGGCAGCACCGAUGGUCAUGGGCUGGUGCCCUGCACCAGGGCUCCCCUGCUCACAAGGAUGGUGCGGGCAGGUGCUCCCUCUCUGCCGUAAAUCUCCCCAAACAUGUGGACUCUAUAAUCAACAAGCGCCUCUCCAAAUCUUCCGCCACUCUCUGGAACUCGCCCAGUAGAAAUCGUAGCCUACAGCUCAGCCCCUGGGAGAGCAGCAUCGUGGACCGACUCAUGACGCCAACACUGUCUUUCUUGGCACGCAGCCGGAGUGCUGUGACACUUGCCGGCAACGGCAAAGACCAGGCAGUACCUGUGUGCCCCCGCUCAGCCUCUGCCAGCCCCCUCAGCCCCUGCAAUAACCAGCGCCUGCAUCAUCGCUGUUCAGAGCGACGGCGGCCAGCAACCAGCAGCCCUGAUGUGACACCCCGGCGCAAGGCUGAGGCCUCCCCUAAAAAGAAGGAGAAGAAGGAUAAAGACCGGGAAAACGCCCAAGAGAAAAACGCCCUAGCGCUUCGCAAACGCAAGUCUAUGCCGUCAUCCCAGCCUCGCCAGCCGCACACACCUGAGAACAGCAGCCCAGGCCCCAAGCCCAGGCCUGCAUCUCCAGCUGUUGCCAAGCAACGCCCAGCCUCACCUAGCACAGGCCCUGGUUCUCCACAUCGGGCAGGCCUGAAUCGCAGCGCUCAGUCCUCGCCCAAAGUGCGGCCUCGCAGGGAGCACAACGGGCAGCCAAAGGUCCGUGAACGCAAGGAUGAGCAGAAGGAACGAGGGUCAGCUUCCCCGGCUCCAAGUGAGACCCCCAAGGUCACGGGGAGCAGUGAAACAGCACAAGAUGCUGCCGCUCCCUCUGGGGCUGCGAGUCCAGUGCCAGCUCCUCCUCCUCCUCCAACCCCAGGCAAGCCCAUGGCAGGCACCACAGACCGAGAGGAAGCUGCCCGGCUCCUGGCUGAGAAACGGCGCCAGGCACGGGAGCAGCGGGAACGAGAGGAGCAAGAGCGCAGGGAGCAGGAGGAGCAGAAGCGGCGCCUAGCAGAGGAGCGGGCUCAGCAGGAUGCCAAAGAUCGGCUACAGCAACAGGCUGAGCUCGCCAGGUUGGAGGAGGAGCGGCGGCAGCAGGAGGAGGAGCGGGCCCAGCAGGAGGAGCGCGAGGCCCAGGAUCGGGCCCGAGCUGAGCAGGAAGAGCAAGAACGGCUGCAGAAACAAAGGGAGGAAGCAGAGGCCCGUGCACGCGAGGAGGCCGAGCGCCAGCGGGUGGAGCGUGAAAAGCAUUUCCAGCGGGAAGAACAAGAGCGGCUGGAGCGGAAGAAGCGGUUGGAGGAGAUCAUGAAGAGGACACGAAAAGCAGAUGGAGCUGAUGCCAAGAAGAAAGACAACAAGAAACUUGUGAAUGGGAAGGAAGGGAAACAAGAGGGCGAGGCAGACACAGAUGGAGAAAAGCGCCCUGGAAGCCUUCCCAAGGAAGAGGAGCUGCCCGAGAUGCAGGCGUCAAGUCCAGCCGGUCGCAAGGGGCUAGCCCCUGAGGGGACCCAGCACAGCUGUCCUGUGGCUCCUGCCCUGUCCCUGGUGAACGGCCUGCAGCCCAGCAAGCACGAGAACGGCUUUUCCUCCCCCAAGGAGCCCAGCGGGCGGGAGCACCCCGUGAGCCCCGGGUUGAGCAUGGCUGGCGAGCCCAUCCUGCCUUUUGCCAACAAGGAGCCCUUCCUCAGCAAGGCGGUAGCAAAGCCCCCACAGAUCACAGAGGUUCUGUAAAGCAGCGACGCCAGCCUCCCCCACCCCAAAGGAUGGGUGCAAACAAGGUGCCAACUCCAGGCUAGCUCUAACCAGAAGAUCAGCCCAAGGCUCCCCAACCUGCAAGGAUCGAGGAGGUGUCAGGAGCCAGGCUGGGGGCGGCCCAGCCCCACGGACUCUUCUCUUUUCUCUUACUGUUCUCAUUUUAUGAUUAUGAUUAUUUUUUUAAUAUGCACCUUAUCAGACUGACCCUCAACCCAUAGCUCAUCCCAGACGAUAUAAUCACAUAGUUAUUUAACUGGCUGGGUACAAAGGAUGUUAAUAAUGUACAUAAACUUCAGUGUUAGCAUGGGAUUACGCAAGCAGUUACCUCUGUGGUAUCGCUGCCCCAAAACAUGUAUUCAUGGGAGAUGCCUUUGGUGGGUUACUUUUUUUAAAUGUGGGCUGAGUCAUGGCAGGGGAGAUUGGAUCCCUUGUACACGGUUGGGGUCUGUGUGCAAGAGUGUGAGUAUGUGUGUGUGUGUGUGUGUGUGUGUGUGUGUGUGUGUGUGUGUCUGCCUGUUACAGCCAAUGGAAAGCGUCUAGAUUUCUAAUUUAAACUCUCACUAUUGGUCCCAGCCAGAAUACCUGCAGGAGUGUGUGUGUGUGUGUGUGUGUGUGCACCAUUAGCCACUCAACAACUGCCGUUGUCCUACACACUGUGCUUUUCUUGGGUGCUGCUGUUUCUGUGUGUGUAUGUGUUUCGUGUGUGCGAUGGCUGGGGCUGUGUUUCGCUCAGAGUCAUUGUGACAGUAUUAUGCAUCUGAACAACCUUUUGUGGACAAUAAAAUGGAGAAAUGGCAGGUGA